CCUCCAUUUCCUUCAUUCCGCUGCUCCGCGAAACAACCGGCUGGUGGUGGAAGUCUAGCUUGUGUCAGGGAAAUAUGCUGUCGGUUCGCGUUGCUGCGGCUCUCGCCCGCACCCUUCCCCGUAGAGCCGCAAUCGUCCCCAAAAAUGUUGCCGCUGCCUGCGUCGGAGCCAAAAAUCUGCACACCACCAGACAAUGGCAGGCGAAAACCGGCACAGCAGAGGUCUCCAGUAUCCUGGAGGAGAAGAUCCUGGGUGCUGACACAGGGGCUGAGCUAGAGGAGACGGGCCGUGUGCUGUCCAUUGGUGACGGUAUUGCCCGUGUGUAUGGCCUUAGGAAUGUGCAGGCAGAAGAGAUGGUGGAGUUCUCUUCUGGCCUUAAGGGUAUGUCUCUGAACUUGGAGCCCGACAACGUUGGUGUUGUGGUGUUCGGUAACGACAAACUGAUCAAGGAGGGCGAUAUCGUGAAGCGUACCGGAGCCAUCGUCGACGUGCCAGUCGGUGUGGAGCUGCUGGGCCGUGUGGUGGAUGCCCUGGGUAACACCAUCGACGGAAAGGGUCCCAUUGGCUCAAACGAGCGCAGGCGUGUGGGUCUGAAGGCCCCUGGCAUCAUCCCCCGUAUCUCUGUGAGGGAGCCCAUGCAGACUGGAAUCAAGGCCGUGGACAGCCUGGUGCCCAUUGGCCGUGGUCAGCGUGAGCUGAUCAUCGGUGACAGACAGACUGGCAAAACCGCCAUUGCCAUCGACACAAUCAUCAACCAGAAGCGAUUCAACGAAGGCACCGACGAGAAGGCCAAGCUGUACUGCAUCUACGUCGCCAUCGGCCAGAAGCGUUCCACAGUGGCCCAGCUGGUGAAGCGUCUGACCGACGCCGAUGCCAUGAAGUACACCAUCGUGGUGUCUGCCACCGCCUCCGACGCCGCCCCCCUCCAGUACCUGGCCCCCUACUCCGGCUGCUCCAUGGGAGAGUACUUCAGAGACAACGGCAAACACGCCCUGAUCAUCUAUGAUGACUUGUCCAAGCAGGCUGUUGCCUACCGUCAGAUGUCUCUGCUGCUGCGUCGUCCCCCCGGUCGUGAGGCCUACCCCGGUGAUGUGUUCUACCUGCAUUCCCGUCUGCUCGAACGUGCUGCUAAGAUGAACGAGAACUUCGGUGGUGGAUCCCUGACUGCCCUGCCUGUCAUUGAGACCCAGGCCGGUGAUGUGUCCGCCUACAUCCCCACAAACGUCAUUUCCAUCACAGACGGACAGAUCUUCUUGGAGACAGAGUUGUUCUACAAGGGUAUCCGGCCAGCCAUUAACGUGGGUCUGUCUGUGUCCCGUGUGGGUUCAGCUGCCCAGACCAGGGCUAUGAAGCAGGUUGCCGGUACCAUGAAGCUGGAGCUGGCCCAGUACCGUGAGGUGGCCGCCUUCGCCCAGUUCGGUUCUGACUUGGACGCUGCCACCCAGCAGCUGCUGAACAGGGGUGUGCGUCUGACAGAGCUGCUGAAGCAGGGACAGUACACUCCCAUGGCCAUUGAGGAGCAGGUCACAGUAAUCUACGCCGGUGUGAGGGGGCAUCUGGACAAGAUGGAGCCCAGCAAAAUCACAAAGUUCGAGAAGGCUUUCCUGGCACACGUUCUUAGCUCACAGCAGGACCUGCUUGCCGCCAUCAGGGCCGACGGUAAGAUCUCAGAGGCAUCAGACGCUAAACUGAAGCAGAUUGUCAUCAGCUUCCUGUCCACCUUUGAAGCAUAAAAAGUUUCCGCUCCUUGUCUUGUCCAUAUUUGCAUAGUGCUCCACAUGUAUGUUUCUACCGACGUCAAAAAAAAAAGAAAGAAGCACUUGGAUCUUUAAUGUACAGAAGUCUCCCGACAGAGAAUAAAACAUGUUCUACUCCUAUAAAAAUUGCUUUUUUUGUCAUCAGUCCCAUAAAUUCUGUUUUGGAGUGAUUCUUAAUUUUGUCUUCAAAAGGCAGGCUGGCACACCUUCCUCAAUGAACUCUUAAACUCUCUGCUGAAUAAAGAUUCCAAAGUGGUAUGAA